CAUUCCCUCAGCAUACCAUAGACCCACCUUUCAUCGUCCUGCAUCACUUCUUGAGUUGCCCAAUCUCGUUCUUGAACCACAUUAAACAGUCCGUCAUCCUCGUACACCGGCAAACAACACUCAGCGGCCCACCAUGGACCGGGAGUCCUCCCCCACCAACCACAUCGCCGCCGCCGCCAAUGGCUCGCGCGCAUUUGACCCACUAGCCUUCAACGCCCCUACUCCAGCAGCACCCACAUCCUCAGCAGGCGGGUAUGAGAAUAGCCGCACCGAGGAAGAGGGCGAGGGUCGUCGACUGGGUGACGCUACGGAUAUGGACAUGGAUGCUACACCGCGCGCUAAGGGCAGACCCAGGAAUCUGCGCAACCAGGAGGAGAUUGAGCCUGUAAUUGAUGAGACUGGAGAGAGGGUCAGAGAGGGAUUCAGGGAGUUCUUGCAAAGCUUCGUCGAUGGGCCCGACCCUGAUGGAGAUGGCUCUGCUCAGGGUGACCCAAAAUACAUCGAGCACAUCUAUGGACUACGAGACUAUGGGCAGACGACAUUGUAUGUCGACUUCACUCAUGUCCUGCGUCACGAGGAGGUACUUGCACGAGCCAUCAGCGAACAAUACUACCGCUUCUUGCCAUAUCUACGCCGAGCUUUGGUAGACUUGGUCAGCACCCUCAUCCCAGGCUAUCUAUACCUGAAUGCGCACGUAGCAUCUACUGCCUCGUCAGGUCUGGUGCCCCGAGACUUCUCCCUCUCCUUCUUCAACCUCAAUCUCGUCUCUGGUAUCCGAGACCUUCGCACAGACAAGGUUGGCCGACUGGUGUCCAUCUCAGGCACAGUCACUCGAACCUCAGAGGUACGCCCCGAGCUGCUCUACGGAGCCUUCACUUGUGGAGAAUGCAAGACUGUCAUUCGAGAUGUGGAACAGCAAUUCAAAUACACUGAGCCGGCCAUGUGCCAGACUCCGAGAUGCCAGAACAGGAGAGACUGGAGACUCAAUGUCGAGCAGAGUCGCUUCAGCGAUUGGCAGAAGGUCAGGAUUCAAGAGAAUGCCAAUGAGAUCCCGACUGGGUCUAUGCCUAGGAGUCUCGAUGUCAUCUUGCGAGGCGAGAUCGUGGAAAAGGCCAAGGCAGGAGACAAGUGCGUCUUCACUGGCGCUUUCAUCGUUGUUCCCGAUGUCUCUCAGCUGGGCGUGCCUGGUGUCAAUGCUCAAAUCCAGCGAGAGAGCGGCGGUGGUCGUCCUGCGGAAGGCGCAGGAGUGACGGGACUGAGAACCCUCGGUGCUCGAGACCUUACCUACAAGACUGCCUUCUUGGCUUGCCAUGCUAGGUCCAUGGACUCUCGCUACAACACCGAUGUCCGAGGUGGUGACACUGUAGAGGAAGACCUCGACCCUCAUACUCUUCUGGACUCUUUGACAGCCGAAGAGAGAGAUGAGCUCGAGGCAAUGGUCGUCAGCGACGACAUCUACGGGAGACUGGUCCACAGCAUUGCACCGACUGUGUAUGGCCACGACAUCGUCAAGAAGGGUAUCCUCCUUCAGCUUAUGGGUGGUGUUCACAAGCAGACGCAAGAAGGGAUUCACCUUCGAGGAGAUCUCAACAUCUGCAUUGUCGGCGAUCCCUCUACGAGCAAGUCUCAGUUCCUGAAGUAUGUCUGUGGCUUCCUUCCUCGCUCCGUCUACACAUCGGGCAAGGCCUCUUCGGCUGCUGGUCUUACAGCUGCCGUCGUGAGAGACGAGGAAACCGGUGACUUCACCAUUGAAGCUGGUGCCCUGAUGCUUGCAGACAACGGCAUCUGCGCCAUCGAUGAGUUCGACAAGAUGGACGUCUCCGACCAGGUUGCCAUCCACGAAGCGAUGGAACAGCAGACAAUCUCCAUUGCCAAGGCCGGCCUGCAGGCUACGCUCAAUGCUCGUACAUCUAUCCUCGCCGCUGCCAAUCCUGUGGGAGGACGCUACAACCGCAAGCAAACCCUCAGGGCCAAUGUGGCCAUGUCGGCGCCGAUCAUGUCUCGUUUCGAUCUCUUCUUCGUCGUACUGGACGAGUGUAACGAGGCUGUGGAUAUGAACAUCGCUAAGCACAUUGUCAAUGUGCAUCGUUUCAGAGAGCAAGCAAUCUCGCCCGAAUUCUCGACCGAGGCCAUUCAGCGCUACAUCAGGUACGCUAGAACCUUCCAGCCCAAGCUCACACCAGAGGCCAGCGAUGUACUGGUUGAGAAGUACCGCUUGCUCAGACAAGAUGACGCUGGUGCUGGUAAGAAUUCUUACCGCAUUACUGUCAGGCAGCUCGAGUCGAUGAUCCGUCUCAGUGAGGCUAUUGCGAGGGCAAACUGCAGGAGCGACAUCACGCCUGCCUUUGUCAGAGAAGCUUACGCCUUGCUCAGGCAGUCGAUCAUCCACGUCGAGAAGGACGACAUCGACAUCGAAGACGAGGAGGAGGAGAUUGCUGGUAGGCCAUCCGUUCAGCAGCCUGCAGACCCAUCCUCAUCCUCUCUCCGAAUGGACGACAGCCAGAUGGAUGAGGAUGCUGAAGACGAUGCCGACGCCCGAGGCUCUCCCUCUGUGUCUCGUGCGCGUUCGGCGACGGCUGCACCUGCCACUUCUUCAACGCCUGCUCCCGCGUCGUCUUCGCGUGCUAGGGUGAGGAUCACCUACGAUCGAUACAUGGAGUUGCUCAAUCUCCUUCUCUUGCGAGUCUCGUCGAUUGAGCGUUCGACUCUCAAAGGAGUGCCGAGGGCUGAGCUGGUGCAAUGGUACCUUGAACAGCGCGAAGAGGACAUUGAGUCCCUGGAGCAGCUCGAGGCUGAGAAGGAGCUGGUGAACAAGGUGUUGAGCAAGCUCAUCAAGGACUCGUAUCUACUGGAGAUGAGGGAGGAUCCUGAGGAGGAAGCAGCAGAGGAGACUCAACAAGGGCAGUCUAGUGAGAUGCAGGCUGAGAGUGAGCUUGCUGCUGAUGAACGGGGAAGUACGGCGGAUGCCACUGGCACUACGGCUGCUACGAGGACGCCUGGCCAGGCUGUGCUCAUGGUCCACCCUAGGAUCGAUGUGGACAACCUAUGAGGUGCUCUGAGCCUGAACGAUGUCCGUCGCUUGUCCUUCUCUGUUGUCUUUCUCCUGUGCCCCUCCCUAUCUCCGCUACCUGUAUCAUUGCUUUCCGUUGCUGCGUUCUGCCUCUUUCAAUGUCAUCGAAGUACCCAUUGCGU